AUGGCUAUGCGAAAUAUUCAUUAUUCUUCCAUUGCCAUUGUGGUGCUAAUCGUCUCGACUGCUUUUAUGGUUCCGACAAGAGUGAGUGCUAUUGGAGUUUGUUAUGGAAGGGUAGGAAAUAACUUGCCACCACCUCCAGAGGUUGUGGCUCUGUUCAAGUCCAACCAAAUCGAUCGCAUGAGAAUUUAUGAACCGUACCCUGAUGUGCUUGCCGCCUUGGCUGGAUCCAACAUAAGUCUCAUAGUCGGGACGCUCAACCAAGACGUGCAACGAUUGGCCCUUGAUGUUUCGGCGGCUCAAAAUUGGGUCAAAACCAAUAUAGUCCCCCACAUCGGCAAUGUCAACUUUCGUUACAUCAACGUUGGCAAUGAGAUCAUUCCGAGUGAUAUGGCUCAGUUCAUCCUCCCCGCCAUGUGCAAUGUCCAAAGUGCACUACUCGCGAACAACAUUAACACCAUCAAAGUUACCACUUCGGUGGCCAUGACUGUGCUCGGGGCUUCAUAUCCACCUUCGGCCGGGGAUUUCACGGUCGCGGCAAAAGUUAUCAUCAGCCCCAUUGUGCAUUUCCUCGCGGCGAAUGAGGCUCCGCUCCUUGUGAACAUUUACCCAUAUUUUGCGUACAAGGAUAACUCCAAGGAUAUUUCAUUGGACUAUGCCUUAUUCAAAGCGACCAGGGUGAUAGUUCAAGAUGGAAAUUUUGGAUACCAAAAUCUAUUUGAUGCAAUGUUGGAUUCGGUCAAUGCGGCGAUGGAGAAAGUUGGAGGGGCAAGUGUGGGUGUCGUGGUUUCCGAGAGUGGUUGGCCAUCCGGCGGUGACUUUGGAGCGGAAGUCAACAAUGCUGGCACUUACAAUCAGAAUUUGAUCAACCAUGUUGCGAAAGGGACACCAAGGAAGCCUGAUCCAAUUGAGACAUACUUGUUCGCGAUGUUCAACGAGAAUCAAAAAGGUCCAGCGGAGUUGGAGAAGUUCUUUGGUCUCUUUUUUCCGGACAAGACACCGGUUUAUCCUUUGAAAUUUACCUAA